AUGUCCACUAUCAACCUUCGUCCAGUCAUUACGAACGAUACGAACCGUAUCAGACCUAUCCCUUCUCCUACUUUGUUAUCACCAUGGAAGUUCGAUUAUGCUUCUUCACCCAGUGGGAAGGAUUUGAAUUUGUUGAUCAUGUUUCAUGGUUUAGGUCAGUCUUAUGUAACCUUAUCUCCUUUCAACUCAUUUUCUCCAACGUCUUCAUUAACACUUCUAUGCGAUACGAAACAACCUUUUUUCAAUCUUGGAAAAUCAUUGAAUCUUCCACAUACAGCCAUCUUAUCUCUUCAAGCUCCUGAUCCUAUCCCACUCAUGGAAAACCCAUCUUAUUCAUGGUACGACACGUUUGAUCCUUUUUUCAAUCCUUUACCAUCACCAUCCCCUACCAAACAUCUUUCAAGAUUACUCGAAUUACUUUCAAUCCUCACUUCGACCGAACCACAGGGGUUGGGAUGGGAAAUGAAUAAAAUACAUUUGUUCGGUUGGGGUCAAGGGGGAAGUAUGGUCCUUGAGAUCGGGUAUGAGAAUGAGAAGGAUGAGAAUAAAAGGAAAAGUGAAAAAAGUGAAAACGUUCGAUUAGGAAGUAUAACCUCUAUCUGUGCAUCCCUUCUUUCACAUCCUACGACUCAAAUGAACCUUUCUACACCUAUAUGUCUCUUCACUCGAAUCGAUCCUCGUUCAGCUAAAGGUAAGAAAGAAGAAUCAGUCUUACGUCGGGCGUUUAAAGUCGUACGGAUCGUAAGACCUCUUACUGCUAUCAGUCUGAGAAGAGUUGACGGAGAGGGAGGAGAAGAUAUGCCUAAGGGGAAAGAAGAAUGGAUGGAGAUCAUGAGGUUUUGGGGACAAGUUUUGUAUAGAGAACAAAAUUGGGGUGGAGAAGUUUAUGAAGUUGUCAGAUGA